AAGCCCCGCAACAUUCUCGCUGUCCCUGCCCGUCCACGAAUCGCGAUGCCGCUCCCUCUCUCUCUCUCUCUCUCUCUCUCUCUCUCUCUCUCGCCUUGUCUGUCGCCAAAAUGGCGCUUCGAUCUCAGAUUCCUUCCCGUCGUAACUAACCAAUGGAACCCCACUUCCCCAAGCCUCGAUUCUACGGGCCUCCGAUGAAGAUGGCCAUCCCCCCGCCACCGCCGCCGUCUCAGCACUCCGACAAUGACCGGAGCAGCGGCGAGCUCCGUGCGCUCGACUGCAACCUCACCUCCCUCUGUGACCACAUCCAGAUGGAGGGCUUCCACUCCGGCGCCUUCUCCGACAUCGCCGUCCACGCCAUGGGCUCCACUUACCACCUCCACCGCCUGAUUCUCUCCCGCAGCUCGUACUUCAGGAACAUGCUUCAUGGUCCUUGGAAAGAAGCUAGUGCUCCCGUCUUGACAUUGAACAUUGAUGAUAAAAAUGUGAACCCUGAGGCAAUUGCAACAGCUUUAGCCUACUUGUAUGGCCAUCAUCCGAAGCUCAAUGAUAACAAUGCCUUUCGAGUUCUUGCUGCUGCUUCCUUUCUUGAUCUUCAGGACUUAUGUGCAAUAUGUACAGACUUCAUUAUAUCUGAACUAUGGACGUCAAACUUCCUGGCAUACCAGGUGUUUGCGGAGAGCCAAGACUAUGGCAUCCAUGGAGAGCGUGUAAGAAAUGCUUGUUGGGGUUACCUUUGUCAAAGUGGGGCCAUGGAGUUAAAAGAGAUGCUUCCAAAGCUUUCCUCUCAAACUUUACAUGCAUUGUUGACGUCGGAUGAACUAUGGGUACCUAGUGAGGAGAAGCGGUUCGAACUGGCUCUGUUCACACUUGUAGCCAAAGGUGCCUUGUCUGGGCAAGAGCUUUCUGAGCAGGAAAGUUCUGGUUCAGAUGGUGAGACUCCAACUCGCUCUGGCUCAUCUGAAGGAAAAGGGAAAAAGAUGAUUCGUGUCUGCUCAAGCAAUCAGUUGGAACCCGAUUUGGGGAAUUUGUGUUUAAGUGAUGACUCAGCUCAUUGCAGUUCUGCUGAUAAUCUUCUGGUCCAAUUAGGAAAUGGCGUUGUUGAUUUCCAAAGAGGGGCUUCUUAUUACAGAGAGCAGGUACAACAAGCUACUUAUGCUCAGCCUAAUUCGGACCCCAUAUACACCAAUGCUGAAGGAUCUUCAACUUUUAAGACCUUCCCCGAAAUGGAGGGCAGUAGACCUUCAGUUACUUAUACAGGGACGCAGAUGGGGGUAACAACAAGUGGAGCAGUGGAAAAUGGAAGUGGAUCAGCUAUGGAGGGACCAUCUGGGGACAGCUCAUUCUAUCGAUGGGAUAACAAUACCUGGCUUAGCAGAGAGCAAUCGAUUCAUUGUUCUUCAAUGAUGAAUUCUUCCUGCUAUGGGCUUAUGCCAAAUGAUUGGGGAAGAUGCAGCGUGCCAUCUCUCUCAUGGGGUGGUAGGGUGGUGGGAAGACGGCAAGUAAAAGAUUCCACUUCUGAGAACUGUGGAAUUGGUGCGGAGGAAUAUGAUACAUUUGUUGAUAUAUUUGAAGGCGGGUCUCUUUUAUAUUGCAACAUGUCUUUCGAGGCGCUCAUAACUGUGAGGAAUCAGCUUGAAGAGUUCGGUUUUCCUUGCAAAGCUGUCAAUGAUAGUCUUUGGUUACAGAUGCUUUUAAGCCAGAGGGUACAAGAAAUUGGUGCAGAUACAUGCAAGAAUUGCUGCCUCCUUAACAUGGCAUGCGCCUGCAGACAGCCGUUUGGGUUUGUCCAUGGCGUGUCCACUCCCACUAGUUACCACAUGCAGGAGCAAGACCAGAACAAUACUCCUGGAAACAUUGGUAAUGUUUAUGUGGCAGGGCCCGCUCAACAGGGUGAGGGCACUGGCUUAUUUAGGCCUGUGAGGGUUCAUGUCAGGGGCCAUGUUGAUGGGCUUGCGGGUAUUGGACGUGGAGCCACGUUUGUUCCAUCAGCUGCCUGGGCCCCAACUCGUUUUGUCUUCUCUCGUGUUCCCGGUGUGGGAAACCGAAAUUGCCAGCAAUCUCUUGCUAAUGAUGACUCAGAGGCAAGAGCUGAGCAGAAUGGGGAUUUGUCAGGAGAUGGGUUGACAGCUCUUGUUGGGCUCAGUCAAGGAGGAAACAGCAUUGCGAAUGGUCAUGGAGAUCAUAACAUCAGGGAAUAUGAGAUGGAGCUUCAGAGCAGAUUGACUGGGACUUCUGCAGUGGGCACUAGUUCAAGUAAUGGUCCUGUGCAGAUGCUUGAGCAAUCAGAUCAUGCUGCAGGAAUCGAGUGGGAAAAUGGCAAUAGUUCUUCUAUAUCCUUGGAUAUGAAGACCCCAUUGAGCCAUUUUCCUCCUUUCCGUUUUGGUGCGGAAUUCGAGGAUGUGCACAGGCUUCAUGAUGGUCAGGUUAAGCACUCUCCAGAAGUAUUUUAUGCCGGUUCUCUGUGGAAGGUCAGUGUUCAGGCUUUUAAUGAUGAAGAUCCCCAAGGAAGAAGAACUCUUGGGUUGUUUCUUCACCGGAGGAAAGCAGAAAUAACUGACUCUCUCAGAAAGGUUCAUAUGUAUGUAGACACCCGGGAAAAGGUCACCGCCCGAUAUCAGUUGAUAUGUCCAUCAAAGAGAGAGGUCAUGCUGUUCGGAAGCUUCAAGCAGAGGGGAACGCUUUUACCAAAAGCUCCAAAGGGAUGGGGCUGGAGGACCGCACUCCUAUUCGACGAGCUCCCCGAUCUCCUCCAGAAUGGAGCCCUGAGAGUUGCUGCUGUCGUGCAGCUCGUUUGAGAUCGCCAAAUGGUAGUGCCUCUCCCGCUCCAUGUAUAGCGCCGGUUUUUGUAUUGCCCCUAUAUAUAUAGUCUUUCCUCCAGAAGGAAUUUGCUUAUUCUGUGAGGAUGAUGAUAAUAAUGAUGUCUAUUCACAAAUGUCUCCAGCGUCUGCUUUUAAUGGUAAUUGUACAUGUAUGUUUUCUCGUAGACGCGUAAAGCUGUGAGAACGGUUCCGGUUUUCUAUUUUCUACAGUUAAAAACGUGUUGAAGUUGCA